AUGUCGACGCUGCUGAUUGACGCGGUGUUCACAGCUGUCAUUUACGCCGGCUUCUCAUUCUACAGUCGCCUCGUCCUCCCGCUGGUGGGGGCGGUGGUGAAGAGUCGCCUUCCCGACAGGCCGCAGCGCCUCGAGACGCUGACGACGAAGGACCGCCUCUGCAUCGUGUUCGCGAAGCUGGUCACCGCACUGUUUGUAUACCAUACGUACUGCUUCGUGGUGCAUACCGAUGUGAGUCGCAUGUGCAUUGACUUCCUUGAUGUUCGUGCGGUCUUGCGCUCACUGGCAUGGCUGCCGGUGCACCUUGUGGCGCUCUUCAUUAUUUAUGACUUCUUCUACACGCUGUUUCACUGGGGCCUCCACUGGCCGCCGAUUUACCCACUCAUUCACAAGCACCACCACCGCCAGGUGACUCCCUUCCGCGGCAUUGACGACUCCAUUAACGACCACCCGAUCGAGUACGUUAUUGGCGAGUACAAUCACCUCUUUGCUCUGUAUCUGCUUACGCGUGUCACGCCUGUGGGCCAGGUGCAUGCACUGACGGUGAUUCUGUUUAUUUUUAUCGGCGGUACACUGGCUGCCCUGAACCACACUCGGGUGGACCUGCACGUGCCUUACAUGUUCAAUGUGGGUGCACAUGACUUACACCACUCACAGUUCAAGUACAACUACGGGCAGUACAUCAUGCUGUGGGACUGGGUGUUUGGUACAUUCAAGAGCUCCCGUGGCAGUGGUAGGUCACAAGAAAAGUAG